UUGUCUCCUCACCUCCCUCCCUCCCUCCCUCACUCACUUUCCCCUCCUCCCUCCCUCCCUCUAAACCCACCUCCCCGUCCAAAUUUAAUUCACCUCAACUCAACUCAAAUCCUCUUCUUAUCCUCUCCCCAAAUUCCAAAUUCCAAUUCCAAAUCCUUCACCACUUGCCCGUAUAUAACACCCCCUCUCCUGUACACAGCGGCUCGAUUCCAUUCCAUUUCCACUCCCCAAUUCACACUCAGAUUUCUUCUUGCGGCGGCGGCGGCGGCCAAGAACGCGAGGAGAGGGGCGGACUCGGUGGCGACGAGGGAUCGAUGGCGGUGACGGGGACGUCGGUGGCGGCCGCGGCGACGAUGCUGGCGGCGGCGGCGGCGAUCUUCAUCACGUUCGUCGUGUGCUUCUACCUCUUCCUCUGCGCCAAGAGGUACCGCGGCGCCGCGCCCACGAUCGGCGGCGACAGCGGUGGGGGAGGGAGGGGACGCGCGCGGUUCGUGUUCGGGGGCCCCGGGGACGGCGGGUGCGGAGGCGGGAGGGGGCUUGACGAGGCGGCCAUCGCGGCGCUGCCGACGAAGGUGGUGGCGGCGGCGGCCGAGGGGGGCGACGGCGGCGACCCCGCGGCGGACUGCGCCGUCUGCAUCACGGAGCUCGCCGCCGGGGAGUCCGCCCGCGUGCUGCCGCGGUGCGGCCACGGGUUCCACGUCGAGUGCGUCGACAUGUGGCUCCGGUCAAACUCCACCUGCCCGCUCUGCCGCUGCGCCGUCAUCGACGAGGCGCUGCCGCCGCCGCCCGCCGUGCGCCCGCCGGAGGCUGACGCGGAGUCGCCCAACUUCCCCACCAACGUGCUCUUCUUCGGCUCCCAGGACGCCGUCAGGACAGGCGGCGCCGCCGCGGCAACGCCGCCGCCGCCGCCUCCGUCGUCCCAUCAUCAGCAGCAACCGGCCUUCCCGCCGCAGCCGUCGGCGGGACCCAUCGCCGGAGUCGCCGCCGUGGUGGAAGCGGCGAGGAUAGCGGCCCUGCGGCGGCUGCUGGGCUGCGGCGGCGCGACUCCCCCGCCCCCGCCGGCGCCGGCGCAGGGCGACCGCGACGUGGAGAUGGGCCUCCCCGGCGGCGAGAGCAGCGCGUCGCGGCCGGCGACGAAGCCGCAGCCAGGUUCUUGAUUGCGAGAUUUCUCCUCCAUCAACUCCCAAUCCUCCUCCUCUUCUUCUUCUUGUUCCACUCUUCUCCUUUUGAGCCAUUGAGGCAUCGAAAGGAAGCAAGUGUACAGAUCCCCAAUAUGUAUAACCAACUAUAUAUAAAUCUAUAAUAUAGUUACAAGAUUUGGAUGAAUUUUGUCAAA